GUGACCUGGCCGGCGGCUGUCGGAUCCAUCAUGGCGGCCGCCGGCGCCUCUGCCGCGUUCAGGCGGCUGGACCUGCGCGACCCCGCGGCGCUCUUUGAGACCCAUGGAGCUGAGGAGAUCCGCGGGCUGGAGCGCCAGGUGCGGGCCGAGAUCGAGCACAAGAAAGAGGAGCUGCGACAGAUGGUGGGCGAGCGGUACCGUGACCUGAUCGAGGCGGCGGACACCAUCGGCCAGAUGCGCCGCUGCGCCGAGGGGCUGGUGGACGCCGUGCAGGCCACUGACCAGUACUGCGCGCGUCUGCGCCUGGCGGGCUCGGCCGCUGCCGGGAUGCCGCCCGAGCCGCAGCCACAGCAGCCGUCCCUGGAAAAGUUCUACAGCGUCGCCGCCCAGAUCAAGCUCCUCUUGGAGAUUCCCGAGAAGAUCUGGAGCUCCCUGGAGGCUUCUCAGUAUCUCCAUGCCACGCAGCUCUACCUGCUGUGCUGCCACCUUCACAGCCUGCUGCAGCUGAACUCUGCCACUUCCUCACACAGCCCCAUCCUCACCCGCUUCCCGAUUCUCAUCCGGCAGGUGGCAGCAGCCAGCCACUUCCGGUCAACCAUUCUGUAUGAGAGCAGGAUGCUACUCAAAUGCCAAGCCGUGUCUGACCAGGCCGUGGCGGAGGCCCUGUGCUCUAUAAUGCUCUUAGAAGAGAGUUCUCCUCGCCAAGCCCUAGCAGACUUCCUGCUGGCCAGAAAAGCAGCUAUUCAGAAACUCCUCCACCAGCCGCACCAGGGCGCUGGCAUCAAGACUCAGAUUUGCUCGUUAGUGGAGCUGCUGGCCACCACUCUGCACCAAGCUCACGCCCUUUUCUACACGCUGCCGGAAGGUGUGCUGCCUGACCCGUCCCUGCCAUGCGGCCUGCUCUUCUCCACCCUGGACUCCGUCACAAGCCAGCCUCCCACCAGAAAGGACACUGGCAUUCUCCAGGAGGAGAUGAAACUCUGUAACUGGUUUAGACACCUGCCAGCAUCCAUUGUUGACUUCCAGCCGGCCCUGCGGACUCUUGCCCACCCCAUCAGCCAGGAAUACCUAAAGGACACACUGCAGCAAUGGAUCCACAUGUGUAAUGAAGACAUUAAGAAUGGAAUCACCAACCUGCUUCUGUACGUGAAGAACAUGAGAGGUCUUGCAGGUAUCCGGGAUGCCAUAUGGGAAUUACUAACCAACGAGUCCACCAAUCACAGCUGGGAUGUCAUAUGCCGGCGCCUUCUGGAGAAGCCACUCUUGUUCUGGGAGGACCUGAUGCAGCAGCUGUUCCUUGACAGACUACAGACUCUGACCAAAGAAGGCUUUGACUCCAUUUCCAGUAGUUCCAAAGAGCUCCUGAUUUCAGCUUUGCAGGAACUUGAAAGCAACACCAGCAGCUCCACUUCAAACAGGCAGAUCCACUUUGAGCAUGACAUGUCUCUCUUCCUCUGGUCCGAGAGCCCUGCUGACCUGCCCUCAGACGCUGCCUGGAUCAGCGUAGCAAACCGGACCCAUGCCGCCAGUAGCGGGCUCUCCAUGAAAGCUCAAGCUAUCAGCCCCUGUGUACAGAACUUCUGUUCUGCACUCGAUUCAAAACUGGAGGUUAAGCUGGACGACCUCUUGGCUUACCUUCCCUCUGGUGACUUGUCACCGCCCAAGGACACCUCCUUCACACAAGCCAAGAAGUCUGCCUUUGACAGAUAUGCAGAUGCUGGGACUGUGCAGGAGAAGCUGCAGACCCACUCUGUGGCCUGCAUUCAGCACACCAUGGACUAUAUCCAGGGAGAGCUGCAGAACAUCGAAGCAGUUGUACAAGCAAAGCAGGGUGUCCUCAGUGGUGCUAAGCUGCACACCGUUCUUUUCAUGGCCAGACUCUGCCAGUCGCUGGCCGAACUGUGUCCCCACCUGAAGCAGUGCAUCGUAGGGAAAUCCGGGAGCCCUGAGAAACCAGCACGGGCUCUGAAGAAACAGGGCAAGGGGAAAACUCCGGAAGUCGUCCCGGUGCAGGCCAAGUGGCAGGAAGUUAAGGAACUCCUCCUCCAGCAGAGCGUGAUGGGCUAUCGGGUGUGGAGCUCUGCAGUUUCAAAAGUUCUGGCUCAUGGAUUCACCCAGUCAUUACUCUUAGAUGAUGCUGGUUCAGUCCUGGCCAUGGCCACCAGCUGGGAUGAACUAGAAAUCCAAGAGGAAGCAGAGUGUGGCAGCAGCGUCGCAUCCAAGAUCCGACUCCCUGUCCAGCCAUCCUGGUACGUACAGUCCUUCCUGUUUAGCUUAUGUCAGGAAAUUAAUCGAGUUGGAGGUCAUGCCUUGCCAAAGGUGACAUUGCAGGAGAUGCUGAAAAGCUGCUUAGUCCAAGUAGUAACUGCCUAUGAGAAACUUUCAGAAGAAAAACAGAUCAAGAAAGAAGGUGCAUUUCCAAUGACCCAGAAUCGGGCACUGCAGUUGCUCUAUGACCUCCGUUAUCUCACCAUUGUUCUGACAGCCAAAGGGGAGGAUGUGAAAAGUGGCCGGAGCAAACAGGACUCCAGACUCGAGAAAGUGACCGACUCCCUGGAAGCCCUCAUUGACCCCUUCGACCUCGAUGUCUUCACUCCACAUCUCAACAGCAACCUCAGUCGCCUGGUGCAUCGAACUUCUGUUCUGUUCGGAUUGGUUACUGGCACAGAGAAUCAGUUCACUCCCAGGAGCAGUCUAUUCAACUCCCAAGAACCCCAUAACAUACUGCCUCUAGCAUCCAGUCAGAUCAGGUUUGGACUUCUGCCGCUGAGCAUGACAAGCACUCGAAAGGCCAAAUCAAGCAGAAGCACUGAAGCAAAAUCCCAGACUGCCAUCCGGUAAGCCUGCAGGAGUCCUCCUGGGUAUUUCUGAAUCUUGUUGUGUCCACGUGUGUUUGAGAUCUCCAAACAGCUUGGCUUCUUAGAGCAUUUAAUUGUUGGCUAUCUAUAUUACCUGCCGUUGGAACCCAUCAGGAUCUGAAAUUGUCAAACACCCAGUUUUAAAACUUGGGAGAUGGUAGUUUAAAAAAAAAAAAAAAGUAGUAAGUCCUUGUGCAAACCAUCCGCUACGUAAGCACGAGUCUGUACUCUAACUUUCCCCAACAAUUCUAAAUUUCUACUUCAAGUAACUGACAUUUAAGUUCUAUUCCUAACAGAGGAACAAACCAUGGAAAGGAGGUAGAUACAUUUGCCCUUUUCCUAUGAUAGUCCUCCUCUUCAAAAUGUAGUCAUCACACAAUAAAACCUCGUGUGUCCACUAGGACCUUAUCACAUCUUGACAAAGAGCAGAGUCCCCUGACUAGAGCUAUCCAAGCUUCUCAGGUCGGCCUGUAUGUGCUGUGGACUCCGGGUGGAGUGGAGUGGAGUGGAGUGGAGUGGAGUGGAGUGGAGUGGAGUGGAGUGGAGUGGAGUGUGUGAGCAGGCAGGAGGGCUUGGGUGGACUCUAAGGCACUUUCCUCUACAUGCAAUGGCAGGUCAGCCCCCCGGCACUCUCCAGAGCAGAUGACCUGACACACCCCGGCUCCUUGUUCAGACAGCUAAUCAGUGAAGAUGACGACUCAUCUGCACCUUCGUUAUUCAAACUUGGCUGGCUCUCUAGUAUGACCAAAUAACAUGGGAACAUAGCCACCCUGCUCUGAAUAAAUACUACUACACCAUCUCUUCUCAA